AGUAGUCAGAGUUGUCGGAGUAGUAGGUAGUAGUAUUCGUCAGCGAACAGUGAGCGAGUGAAUAUGUGACAGAAGACGCCGGCGCUGAAGACGACGAAGCGGCAUUGCAUCAUCAUACAGAAGAAAACUUUCGUCUCAAAUCGAUCAUCCAACAAAAUAAAUGAACUAAUUGGAUACGAAACAAAUAAUUCCAAUUUGCAGAGAAGAUUCUUGGAAGAGAGAGAAAAGCAUAACAAGAAUUGAAAACGGUGCAACGGUAUUCGCAUACCAUGACAGACAAGGCGCCAGUAGCAACAACGGAAUUGGAGACGUUCCUCCCCCAAGACGGUUCCAUCACCAAUGGAAACAAAUACAAAGUGACGAAGGAGGAUCCGGAGGCGGCAAACGGAGCCCUCAACCAUGACUUCGACCCGUUCAAGGCCCGAGUGCUCGACCAUCCCGUGUCGGAUUGCGACACACUCACACAUUUACUUAAGGCUUCUUUGGGUACGGGAAUAUUGGCAAUGCCCGCCGCUUUCAUGAGCGCCGGUCUCGUGGUCGGUAUCUUCGCGACGAUAAUCGUGGCCAUCAUUUGCACACAUUGUUCGUACAUAUUGGUUGUCUGCGCUCACGAACUGUACAAAAGGUCAGGAAAGACGGUGAUGAGUUUCGCCGACGUGGCAGAGGAAUCUUGCAGGAGAGGACCGAAAUGGAGUAAACCGUUCGCGUACGCGGCGAGGCAAAUCGUUCUCCAAGGCAUCUUCGUGACGUACUUCACGACGUGCAGCUGUUACGCCGUGAUCGUCGCCAAGAACUUCGAGCAGGUCGCCUCGCAUUACAUGGGCGCCGAAGUCAGUCUCCGACUGAUCAUCGCCAUCCUUCUGAUACCGCUCAUCAUCCUCUCAUAUAUUCCAAACUUGAAGUAUCUGGCGCCGGUGUCGAUGGUGGCUAACGUCUUCAUGGCCGUCGGAUUGGGCAUCACCUUCUAUUACCUCGUCUCCGAUAUUCCGCCGAUCACAGAGAGACGACUCGUCUCGCCGAUCUCCACCUUCCCCGUCUUCUUCAGCAUCACGAUCUUCGCCAUCGAAGCCAUCGGCGUUGUCAUGCCGCUGGAGAACAACAUGGAAACACCUCAGCACUUUGUCGGCAUCUGCGGUGUCCUCAAUCAAGGCAUGAGCGGCGUCACCUUGAUCUACAUCUUCCUCGGUUUCUUGGGUUACUUGAAAUACGGAGACGAGACUUUAGGUUCGAUCACAUUGAAUCUGGAACCUGGCGACUACGCCGCCCAAGCUGUUAAAAUCCUGAUCGCCCUUGCCGUUUUCUGCACAUUCGGCCUGCAGUUCUACGUCGCUCUGGACAUUGUUUGGAACGGAAUCAAGGACUACGACACCUGCAGAAAAUUCCCGACCAUCGCCAACUACAUCCUCAGGACGGUUCUCGUCACCCUUUCGGUGGUGAUAGCCAUAGCGGUGCCAACUAUCACGCCCUUCGUCUCUCUGAUCGGAGCGUUCUGCUUCUCUAUUCUGGGUCUCCUCGUUCCCGUCUUCCUCGAGAUCAUCACCUUCUGGGACAAGGGUUUCGGCAAAUACAACUGGAAGAUUUGGAAGAACGUCGUCGUCGUUAUAGCCGGUAUCUUCGCCUUGGUCUUCGGCUCGAAAUCAGCGAUAGAAGACAUAGCAACCAUUUACACAACGUAAAAUGAGUGACAAAUAAUAGGACACAAUUGGAAAACCGAAAUCAAUGUUCCUUUAGCCAAUUUAUAUAAAAUUUUAUUUGUUUUCUUUUUUUAUAUAUAUAUAUAUUUGUGUAUGAGUUGUAUAUUUGAAUGUACACUAUUGUGUACACUUGAUUUGUUUUUCUUUCUUUUGUUCUCUUACGAGCAAACACCAUGUACAUAGUUAUUAAUAUGUACGCAAUACAAAUUGAUCAUAUUUAUAUUGAAAUUCGAAUACUUUUACUCUUUCUUUCUUUCUUCGUUCACGAUUGUGCAAAAGCUUCACACAAGUGCACUUAAUCAUUGUAGAUAAUAAAAGAAAACAUUAUUAUUAUUAUUAUCAUCAUUAUUGCUAUUUGCGUAUGUAAACACCGGAAACAAAAUGAAAACAACGACAUCAACAAAGUAAAACAGUAAAAGAAAAAAUAAAUAAAUCGGGGGAGAAUUAAUAAUUUUAGAUGUUAUAUAUAAAUUUUAUAUAAAAAAAAAGGAAAAGAUUUUUACUAAUACUAGAAUGAAUGAUUUACGUCGAAUGCAUUUUAUACAGAUUUUGAAUGUGAAA